CGUGCUGCAAAGUGCACCUUCCCAUCUGAGAGAACUGGACAUGAGUGACAAUGACCUGCAGGAUGAAGGAGUGGAGCUGCUCUGUGCAGGACUAAGAGAUCCACAAUGCAAGCUGGAGACACUGAGACUGUCUGGUUGUCUCAUCACACAUGAGGGCUGUUCUCUCUUGUCCUCUGCCCUCAAAUCAAACCCCUCCUACCUGAAACAGCUGGAUCUGAGCUACAAUCACCCAGGAGACUCAGGUGUCAGAGAGCUCACAGACAGACUGAAUGAUCCCAGCUGUAAACUAGAGACGUUGAGGUAUGACCAUGGAGGAGAGUGCAGGAUUAAACCAGGACCCAGAAAAUAUGCCUGUGAGCUCACACUGGACCCAAACACAGCACACAGACAACUCUCUCUCUCUGAGGGGAACAGAAAGGUGACAUGUGUGUGGGAGCAGCAGCCGUAUCCUGACCACCCAGAGAGAUUUGACUGCUGCCCUCAGGUGCUGUGUAGAGAGGGUCUGUCUGGACACCACCCAGAGAGAUGUGACAGUCUGGGUCAGAGUCUAGUCAGCACGGGUCAGUCUGGACGCUACUACUGGGAGGCUGAGUGGAGUGGUGGUACAGUUGAUAUAGCAGUGGCCUAUAAAAGCAUGGAGAGGAAAGGGGGUGGGAACAGCAGCGGGUUUGGAUGUAAUGCAGAGUCCUGGAGACUGGACUGCUCUGGUAACAGUUACUCUGCCAGGCACAAUGAUAAGAAGACUGCCAUACCUGCCCCCUCCUCCCGCUCCAGCAGAGUAGGAGUGUACCUGGACUAUCCAGCAGGCACUCUGUCCUUCUACAGCGUCUCCUCUAACACACUCACCCACCUGCACACGUUCCACUCCACAUUCACUGAGCCCCUCUAUCCUGGGUUUUGGGUUUACUCCUCAGUGUCCCUGUGCCAGAUCACAUGACCUCCUAAUCCUGCAGCAGAGGAGAGUCACACACUCCUGUUUACACACUCAUAUAUCUGCGCGUGUGUAUUCCUUCUCUUGCCUCAUCUGUGUUGCAUCGUCCCUCUCACACCUCCUAAUCCUGCAGGAGAGGAGACUCCUGUUCACACACUCCUACGUAUCUGUGUGUGUGUGUGUGUGUGUGUGUGUGUGUGUGUGUGUGUGUGUGUUUGUAGUGUCUUCUUUUAAGCACUUCUUUGACGCCGUUCAGGUGGUUUCAAUACUUUGCUCGUUUAUUACAAACAUAAAUCAUAAACGUCUUAUACGUCCGUGAAACUAAACUUAGUAAAACAAAACGGUAGUAGCAACUAAUAUAACCGACAUUCGAUGAAACAAAGAGAGUAAUCAAACGAUCAAGAGAGAAUAUAUUGAAAAACCUUAUGCCUGCUGGCGUCUCCAAACUUCCACUUCCACUUCCUAAGCAUUCAAAACCCAAGCACCUUUGUCUUGCACCUAGGCGCGCGCUUCCUUAAUUGGCGCAGGUGCGUUCAUUAACACUCUGUGUGCCGGGCACCAGUUAUGGCCAAGGCCACGACUACACAUAUUUUUGGCCAGCAGUGGGGUGUCCUACGAAGCAAGUUAGACAAAUCUAGGUUAUCUAGACAUAUCGAGGCUGCACAAAGCCUCAACUCGGGUAUUAAGUUAAGUGAUCCUACGACAGCAGGUAUGUGAUAAAUUUGUCAAACUAGGCUUUCAGCUCAGAUCUGUGCGCGUUCUCGUGGUUGGGGUGAUUUUGACCAAUCGGGAAACGUGGAGACGCACAAGACAGCCUAGGUUUAAAAACGAUUACUUCCGCAUUUAUGAGCGGUAGCGAAAUCUAGGGUGGUCUUUUUGAGUGUCUAACCUAUAACAUCAAAAAGUCGAUGGUUAUCAGAUAUUGUAUGGCAUGCAUGUCCAUAGUAGUGACAUAUUUGCACGCACAACAUAGUUAAAAGCGCCUUCGAGAUUCAAAAUGCUUGCAGAGGCGGGGCUGGACCUGUUCAAAGUAGACAGAUUAGCACACGUGAGAUAACUUCGUUUUUCAAGAUAAUGGAUUGGUUAGAAUUGGUCAGAGGGCGGUGAUAUUUCACGAUUUGAGCUAUAACUAGGCACAUAACCCGCUCCCGACCAGGUUUGGUUGCGAGCAUAAGAUACCAUGGUGAUACAGCGACGCUAAAACAAAUCCACUUUCGUAUGACAGCAUACCCUGGUUUUGAGCGCAACAUACCUCGCUAAGCCACUAAUCGAGCUUCGUAGGACACCCCACCGGGGUCUUAAACAGAAAAAGAACAAAUGGCUCCUACACACCGGCCCUCUUAUUGGUACCGGGCAAAGGUACAAUAAAAACAAACAAAAAACACGGAGCCAUACAAAAUAAAAAUCAUUAUCAAAUUAUACAUAUCAAUCAAUAAAUGUCACAUUCCUUUUACACGGUUCCAUUCCCCUUAUUUUUUUCCUUCUUUUUUUUUGUAAGUUCAAACAAGAAAAUCAUUUUCAAAUGUCCAUUGAAAUAAUGUUUUUCAAGAGCUCAUUGAUAAGAGUCAUUCUUGUGAAGUGUUUGUAACACAGUAGUCCAUAUGCCAUAAGAGGCAUGGUGUAACAGAAGAGUCCAUUUCUCUUGGUGUAUGUUCUGUAUUUGUAUAUGUAUGUAUACGCGCAUGUGUGUACGAAUAAAUCCGUAGAUUUAUAGAGUCCAUAGUCCAUGUGCGCAUGUGAAGACUGGAACUAUCAGUGUACAUGUUAGUCCAUACAAGGUAAGUAUUCAAAAUACACAUUCACAUUCAUUCAUUCAUAUUCACAUGUCAUUCUCCAAUAACAAACAAACCUUUGUAAUUGGUCUUUCUAGAACAUUUGUCUUUGUUUUCAGAGUCAAACUACGUACCAUCCCCUUUGAAUCUUUUUUCGUGUCAAUAACCCUUCCCAACAUCCAAGAUGCCCUAGGGGCAAUAGGGUCUGCAAUUACCACAACAUCACCACACAUAUAGUUUCGCUUCUGUUUAAACCAUUUCUGUCUUUCUUGUAAGGUUGGAAGAUAUUCCCUAACCCAUCGUUUCCAGAAUAUGUCUGCCAAGUAUUGUAUUUGUUUCCAUCUACGUCUACUGUAAGUGUCAGAUUUCUGAAACAAACCAGGAGGCAGUGUGGGUUGUGUUUUGAGGAGUAAAAGAUGGUUGGGCGUUAAGGGUUCAAGGUCAUUAGGACUGUCUGAGAUGGUAGUGAGUGGACGACUAUUGAUGAUGGCUUCCACUUCACAGAAGAAGGUGUGAAGGGAUUCAUCAUCCAGUGUUUGGUCUUUAGUUAAAGCUAGAAGUGUUUGUUUGACCUGUUUAAUUAGCCUUUCCCAAAUUCCUCCAUAGUGUGAGGCGGCUGGUGGGUUAUAAAGCCAUUCUAUGCCUUUUUGUUGUAGAGCGACUUGUAGGGUGUGACUUUUGUUCCACUCUUUUACAGCGUUCUUAAGUUCACGGUCGGCCGAAGUCAGAUUGGUUCCGUUGUCUGAUCUUAUUUGCUGUACCUGACCUCUUCUGCUUACGAACCUGCGGAUUGCAUUUAUGCAUGAGUCAGUGUCAAGGGAGUUGGCUAUUUCUAAGUGAAUUGCUCUAGUUGUAAGGCAUGUGAAAAUAACGCCAUAUCUCUUUACUUCAGUGCGUCCUCUUUUCACUAUAAUUGGGCCGAAAUAAUCAGCUCCAACGUAUGUAAAUGGUGGUGAAUCAGGAGUCACUCUUUCCUUUGGCAGGUCAGCCAUCUUUUGUUCUCCUAAGUGUGAAUGUAGUCUUCUGCAGAAUACGCACUCCGAUCGAAUCUUUCGGGCCAGAGAGUUUGCUGCUGGUAUCCAGUAUUGCUGCCUUAGCUUGGCCAACAUGUGAUUCCUUCCAGAGUGGCCAAGGUGUUCAUGAAUGUGUUGUAACAACAAUUUGGACACAUGGUGGUUCUUUGGGAGAAUAACAGGGUGUUUCUGAGACUCGGGCAUGGCCAUUCUGCUCAACCUUCCUCCUGUACGAAGAAGUCCAUCUUGCAGAAUUGGAUCAAGCUUACGAAUGUGGCUUUGACGACUUACAUGAGCCUUUUCCCUUUGCAGAGCCUCGAUUUCAUCAGGAAACGCAUCCAUUUGGGUGAAGCGUAUGAUUGCAUUUUCUGAUCUUUUGAUGUCAUUCAAUGUAAGGUGUUCAUUCAUGCAUUUUUUCACUGUUUUCGUCUUUCUUUCCAACAGGUCUUUCUCGAUUGCGGAGUUCUUCACGGUAAGUUUGGUAAGUAUCUCCUUUCUUUUUUGACUUAGGUUCAAGAGCAAGUCUUUCAGCUUGAGUAGCCAUGCAACGGCUCUUGUGAGUUUGUUCCACUUUGAGUGAUGGUGAAUGAAUGCACGGGUAGGAUUGUCAUCUUUCACAACGACGUUCAUGAUGAGGACGUUCCUUUUCACUUCCACAUCAUCUUCUUGUAUCUGAGACGCAAGAUCAGACUUGGGCCAUUCGGAUUCAAGGCCUUUGAGGAAUUCUGGGCCGUUGAGCCAAGAGCUUGUGUUCAGAAGUGUGCAUGCCUUAAGACCACGAGACGCACAGUCUGCUGGAUUCAGUUUCGUGUUAAUGUAUCUCCAUUGUUUGACCUUUGUCAUCUCUCUGAUUGUGUUUACACGAUUGGCUACGAAUGUUUUGAACCUUUUGUUCUCAUUGGGCUGCCCUUCAGGCAGGGACUUCAGGGAGCCCUUCUUCGGGUGAUGCACUCCGUGGUGUGGAAUGUACCACGCCUUUCCACUUGGGGUCUCCAGUUCACUGGAUGGGACCGCCUCUGCAUGACCCUUUUUGAGCAUUCCCUCCAAGAAGGCUCCAUUUCUUAGUUCCUUUGAUGUUUCCAUUAUAGACAUAAACUGUUUGUCUUCAACUGACAUCUCUGAUCUCUCAUCGGCUGCCAGUUCUGGGAAGUCUUGGUGAUAUUGCUUUAUCAACAACUCAUUCACAUCUCUUAUAGAUAUGCGGUUGGCUAUGAUACACGAGUGACUUCCUUGCCCUUGAUGAGUUGUUUCUUGCGUGAGUCCAUUCACGACCCAUCCUAGAGGAGUUCUGACAGCAUAUGGCCCAUUACCUCUACUGUUUACUACCUCCCAAGGCUCCAUAAGCUUUGCAGCAUUAGUGCCUAUUAACAACUCAAUAUCGGCAUCCAAAUGUGGAAUCUUCACUUCAUGUAAGUAUUUCCAUUUUUCUACAGAUUCUUGUGUUGGUAUGUGGUGUUUCGAAACUGGUAAGUUUGCUUGUGUAUAGACCUCUGGGAGCUUAUGGUAUUGCAGUCCUUCCAUAUUGCUCACUUCUAGGCCAGAGACUACACUGCUGUGAACCCUUUUCUCUUGUCCCAUUGUACACAACAGGAUGGUGGUGUUUUUACCCGAGAUGUUCAGCUUUCUCUUCAGUGAGUCUGUGCAAAAUGUAGCCGAGCUACCAGGGUCUAAAAAUGCAUGGGUGGUUAUGACUUUAUCUGAGGUUGAGAUCUUCACUUUCACUGGCACAAUAGAGAGUGUGCAUUGGGCUGAUGGACCGGCCCUCAUUGGGUCACUUUCAUUCACAGACACCAUAGCGUUACUCAGACUUUUGUUUCCAGCUUGAACAUCACCUUUAACUUUGUCUUUUUCCUUUCCAGUAGGAAUGUGCAGGAUCGUCGGAUGCAGCAAAGAACAUGUCUCACAUUGCAUUCUAUUUUUGCAGGUUUUGCCUAUAUGUCCCUUUGUUAGGCAACCAAAACACAUCCCAUUUAUUUUUAGAAAUUCGAUCUUCUCUCCAUUGGGUUGAGUCUUAAAGGUUUCACAAUAUUCAAUUGUGUGGUUCUUAUGACAGAAUAAGCAAGAUCUGUCGUCGGCGGAUGGUUUCUGUUUGUAUCCAGACUGCGAUUCAUUUCAUUUAGGUGCGGACAACUGAGCAACUGUUGUGGCAAAGCUAGGCCUCCCACUAGGCUUUACUGUUUUUUGUAGCUUAGAUUUCGACACUACUUUGGUCUCUGUAGGAUUAUGGAUAUCGCCAAAGACUGGAUCAAGCAUUGUCCUAGAUUGUCUCUCAAUGAAUUCUAGCAAGUCUUUGAAUGUUGCUCUGUGGUCAUUUUUAUCUUGCAUGUUACAUACAUUUGCUCGCCAUCUAUCCCGCAGCCGAUACGGCAGUUUUGACACAAUGAGUCUGAGGUUGGUGGAAUUCUCAAGCUCUUUCAGUCCAGUAAUGUCUUGCAUAGUGUUGUAGCAGCUACGCAGAAAGAGCGCAUACGACCGCAAGUCAUUGCCAUCUUCUGGCUUAAUGGCUGGCCAGUUUAAGGCUUUAUUCAUGUAGGCUGAGGCUAUUUUGUAGCUAUUUCCAAAGUUAUAUUCCAGCUGUUCUUUAGCUUGUUUGUAUGCAACAGUUGGAUCCAUAUGCAUGAAGCUACUGACGAGACUUCUGGGUUGGUCCUUUGUGUAUUGCUGUAGAUAAUAAAGUCUGUCAUCCAUACUGUCAGUCUUCUUUUCAACAAACUGUUCGAAUGCUUUUAUGAAUGUCCUAUAUUGAAGUGGGUCACCGUCAAAUAUGGGAAUUUCUCUCUCAGGCAGUAGAGCAAGUGCUUGUUGCUUUACUAACAAUGUAGUUAUUUCAGUGUGCCUUUUCAACACGUCUGUAACAUUUGGGUCAUUGGCAAUUGUGAUAACUGAAGUGUCUUGAUUGGCUAUCUGACCACUAGUAUUUGCCUUUUGUCGCACAGUUGGGGUUUGAGGAGUUUGUACUCGUUUGGGUUUUACAGAUCUUUUUACAGUGGCAGGAACGUUAUAUUCUGUUGGCGUGCCAAAUCGGUGUAAUCCAGACAACGAGAGAUGUUCCUCAGCUUCCCUAUAAACUUUAAGUUUAGCCUCUGCAACAGCCAGUUCAUAGUCUACAGCGAGUUGUUCUUUACGUGCUUUAAAUUUUGCCAUAAGAGUAGCCUCUUCCACGUCAAGGUCGAUUUUGUCACUCAGUGCUUGCGCCUUUGUCCUUGCAGCCGCACAAUCAGCUUCUGCUUUUAAACGAGCGCUAGAGGUCCGUGACGCGCGACUGAGAGCGCUUGUCGCUUUACAGCUACGCGUAACGUUGUGAGCUAUUUGAGAUGCGCUAUCUUGCGGUUUAAUAACGGAGGCAACGUCAUGCUGUUUUUCGAUGGGAGCUAUUUGAGAUGUGAUAUCUUGGGGUUUACUAUUGGUGGCACCCCACUCCUCGUCAUUCCCUUCCUCCAUUCUAAUACGCGGUUCGCUCUGAACCCAUUUUAUAACGCCAUUCAAAAAGUCAUUAUAAAACUGAUAUUUUGGUUCGUACCAGUCUGUGCGAUCGGCCUCUCUUUCAUAGUCCUCUUUUAACAGUCGCUGCACUGAUGCAUGCAAGUUAUUAAACUCAAGGAAAAACCAUUCAAAUGCCUUAAUUUCUUUGUCAACAGUGUCUUUGUUUUGGCCGGAUUCGAUAAGUCUGUUGAUUUCGUUACGUUUACGAGUUAGAACACCAAGCUUCCCUCUGCGCGAUGCAAUUAACCUAAACAGUUCUCGUUCAUCGGAGAUAUCCUGAUCUUCGGACUCUUCUUGAGACAUGUUGCAAACGUUAACUCAAAAACUUUAAACACAAAAGUUCAUUGUUAUCUUAUAGUUAAAGUUCAAUUCAGCGCAGUAGGCAAAAUCAAACUACCACCCCGGCCUGUUCAGUUUGUAAAGUGAGCGCGGCGGCUCAUCUUCAAAUGCGAGCACGGCGGCCCGCUCACCAGAUCAGUCUUAUACUCACGAACCACGGAGUUCAAUAAACAAGUCAAUAAAUCCACAGGCAAGCCCAGUAAAUCCACAACUCCCGACAGCUAAUCCACAAGCUCCCGGCAAACGUAGCUUCCAACUUUCCAGGUACCCACGGCAAUUUCCAGCGCAGUAGCACAAUACUAUUGCGACGCUUCCAAACUGCAGGUGCUCUUCCAAUUAGCAGGAGAUGUCUCUUACUUUAGGCCGUUUUCUCGACUUUCUGAUGGGGUUUCCAACUUUAGGCAGGUUUUUCAACGUUGUAGUGUCUUCUUUUAAGCACUUCUUUGACGCCGUUCAGGUGGUUUCAAUACUUUGCUCGUUUAUUACAAACAUAAAUCAUAAACGUCUUAUACGUCCGUGAAACUAAACUUAGUAAAACAAAACGGUAGUAGCAACUAAUAUAACCGACAUUCGAUGAAACAAAGAGAGUAAUCAAACGAUCAAGAGAGAAUAUAUUGAAAAACCUUAUGCCUGCUGGCGUCUCCAAACUUCCACUUCCACUUCCUAAGCAUUCAAAACCCAAGCACCUUUGUCUUGCACCUAGGCGCGCGCUUCCUUAAUUGGCGCAGGUGCGUUCAUUAACACUCUGUGUGCCGGGCACCAGUUAUGGCCAAGGCCACGACUACACAUAUUUUUGGCCAGCAGGGGUCUUAACCCUCAUGUUGUCCUCAAAUCUUACCGACGUUCGUUGUCCUUGGGGUCAAUUUGACCCCAGCUAAAAAAAACUCUCAAAAAAUGAUUCAAAUUAUUUUUUUUACCCAUUUUUUUUUGUGGUAGGUACUUAACAAGAGUGUAAUAACCACUAUCAAAAGCCCUACAAAACAAUCCCACCCCCCCACACCCCUUUAUGAACCCUGGAACCCUGACUGGCAAUAUGGCCAAUCCAGUGUCAACAGCCCAAAGGCUGAGUUUUUGGACUUUUUCAGACCUUUUUCAGACCUGCCAAAAUAACUUAUAUGUAAUAUGUACUUGUAUAUGCAAUAAUGAUAAUAACUACAUGUUCUCAUACUAUUACAAUAAUAAUAUCCAUAAUUUGUCAAAUAUUCAUUUUCAUCAUGUUUCAUAAAAAUGGGGUCAAAUUGACCCCAAUACCACCAACGUAACUAUUUUUUUUACAGGACAUUGGAAACAUAUUUUUGUGCAAAUUUCAUGUUUACUCUGUUGUACCCUUCAAAUGAGGAAAAGUCAUGAAACUUGAAGCAAAACAAAAAAAGUGAACCAUAUAUUUUAUGAUGUUAAACACUGCUUGGGGUCAAAUUGACCCCAAGGACAACAUAAGGGUUAAACAGAAAAAGAACAAAUGGCUCCUACAGUGUUCGUGUUCCUUCUCCUGCCUCCUCUGUGUAGCAUCUUCCCUCUCACUGUUCCCCCUGUUCACUGUUUGCUGCUCCCUCUGUUUCUUUUCUGUUUCUUUCUGUGUGCCUCUCUGCUCCUUCUGUUUCGUUGUCCAAAUUCUAUUUAAGUAUCCAAACACGUCAGAUAUCUGACGCUGUUUUGAAUUUCUUACAAUAUGAACUUUGACCCGUGUGUGUUGUUUAUGUUCUGAAGAUUAGAAGAUGAACACACAGUGAGUGGGCAGGUUUUCUCAGGGCUGGAAUUCUUAACCCAUCGUUAUUUUACAUUUAUAUUCAGAUCUGUUUGAGAGUGAGAGGGAGGAAAGGGGAGUCCUUUUAUUUGAAUAAUAAAUGAAAUAUGUUUUUGGUGAAUUGAUUAAAAAUGUCUUUGGUUUUAUGUGACAAAGGAGAACAGAAUGUUGUCCAUAGGAAAUUGAAAUACAAAUA